CAUCAUAACAGUCUCUCACCAAGUUACCAAUGUAUUAGAAUAAAAGAAAAAGUUUUCUUCUCAAUCGAAACGGAUUCACUUUUAUAGCAAUGAACUUUUCUGUGACAAACUAAUUAACCAACAAAUUAACAUUGUGAUUUAUAAAAAGAAAAAGUUGUUUCAACAAUUAACACUCAACAUCUAAUAAACAAGUUAAUUCACAAUGAAUAACGAGAAUGCUAAUGUUCAAUAUAACUACGAGAUGCCUAGAAAAGGAGGAACAAUCCCAUCACCGGAAUCAAGUAUGAGUCCAGGUUAUCCACCAGAAUCAGCAUUUCGAGGUCCCAAUGCUAAUCCUAAUCCUCAUCCGCAUCAUCACCUUCAUCAGACCACCGGAUAUGUCACUAAUAACACUGAAAACAAUGGCUUAUGUGCCUACUUUCUAACCGCCAUAUCGGUUGUUUUGAUUGUCAUUACAUUACCAUUCUCACUUAUGUUCUGUAUUAAGGUUGUCCAAGAAUAUGAGAGAGCUGUUAUUUUCAGAUUAGGUCGAUUGCUUAAAGGCGGUGCCCGUGGACCUGGUAUCUUCUUUAUUAUUCCUUGUAUUGAUUCAUAUUGUAAAAUUGAUCUAAGAACCGUAUCUUUUGAUGUUCCUCCUCAAGAGAUUUUAUCAAAAGAUUCAGUGACAGUUGCUGUUGAUGCUGUUGUUUAUUAUCGUAUUAGCAAUGCCACUGUUGCCGUUACCAAUGUUGAAGAUUAUGGACGAUCAACUCGAUUACUUGCAGCAACAACACUUCGUAAUGUUCUUGGUACUAAAAAUCUAUCGGAACUUCUUAGUGAGAGAGAAUCAAUCAGCCAUAUGAUUCAAAGCAGUCUCGAUGAAGCCACCGAUCCAUGGGGUGUUAAAGUAGAACGGGUUGAAGUUAAAGACGUUCGUUUACCAGUGCAAUUACAACGAGCCAUGGCUGCUGAGGCUGAAGCUGCUCGAGAAGCUCGUGCUAAGGUUAUCGCCGCUGAAGGAGAGCAAAAAGCUUCACGAGCUCUUAAAGAAGCUGCUGAUGUUAUUACCGAUUCACCUGCUGCUUUACAACUUCGUUACUUGCAAACUCUUUCAUCAAUCGCUGCGGAGAAAAAUUCAACAAUCGUGUUCCCAAUUCCAAUGGAAUUGUUCAAAGGACAUAUAACAAUGUGAUCAGUCUCUUAAAUUCUGCGUUUUAAUACAUCACAAAAAUUUACACAAAUUAUACACACAAAACAACAACCACAGCUUAAUUAUACAUAUAUACAUAAAAAAAAGGUACAGAGAUGAACGGAAAACAAUGGGGCUAUGAGGAAACGGAAAGAUGUAAAAAUCAAUGAAAAACAAAGAAAAGUUAUUCAAAGAAAAGGAUGAAAACAAAGCUUAAAGUUGUCUUUUUAAUAUAUCGAACUGUUAAUCAACAACAAUAUUCACAAAUGAAAAAAGUUAAUUGAGAGACAAGAAAGCAAUAUCUGAUUAAGUCGCAUCAAUCCAAUCAAUUGUGCUAAAAGUUUUCUGUCCCCUCCAGUUAAUCCAUUUGAUAUAUUAUCAUUUGUUUUUGGAAUUUUAUCAAAAUUAGAAAUCCACCUACACUAUUAUUAUCCAGGAGUGCAAAGGAACGAGACUGUUAAUCAAUUGGAAAAGUCGAGCUUUGACAACCAGGACAAUAAUCGUUAAUAACAGUUUUCCCUUUCCACUUUUCCUCUGAUACUCUAAACGUUUAAUGAGCAAGCAUGGCGCUAAUUGAUAUCACGGAAUUGACGACAUUAAUUGCACUUGAUCUUUUAAUUAUCUUUUUUCAUGCCUCGUGUUUUAAUUCCGUCGAUGAUUUCAAGUAUAUAAAGAAACAAAAGACACACUCAAACACAUGAAGAAAAAAACACUAAUCACAACAAAAUUGUUAAUCAAACGCUUAUAACCUUUGUAUUUAUAUUAUUACAAAUAAUAUAUAUGAAUCUCUGAUUGUUAAUCCAGAUUUAAAUUAGCAAAGGGACACUGAAUCAACACGCAAAAGGAAAUCGCAAUUUAAGAUCAAAUUAUUAUUACUACUAAUUGUAUUAAUUGUUGUGGCUUUGUUUGAGUUUUUUUUUGUAAUUAUACAAAAUUGCCACUAAUUAACAAUGUUACCAAACCACACUAACCACUGGUCACUUUCAAUGUUACCUAUUUUCAAUAAAACAAAAAGUAUCUUCUCUUUUUCUAACACAAUCAGUUUUAAACAAUUUGUUUAAUUGUAAUCAUACAUUUCUACAAUUAAGUUACUUGAGGAGUUAAUUAAAUGAGAGCAUAAACUUGACCAAUGA